GAAUAAAAUUUUCAAGAUUAUUAAAAACUUUGUUUAAAAAAGAAAAAUAGAACAUGUAUUAGAAUAUAAAUGCCAAGAAAAACAUUUAGAAAAAUUGAAGCAGAUGUAGAUGCAGGAACACAAGAUGAACGUCUAUAUAAUAAGGCUUUCACCGGCUGGAGAGCUACUUUACGAAAUAUACUCUUGCCUAUAGUACGUUUUGAAACACCCAUCUUAGCUUCCAUGCAGAAAAAUAUUAGAACACCUGUUUUAGACCAUUAUUUUAUAUGGACAGCUAAUUUGGGUACACAUACUUUCUUCAUGAUCUUUUUACCCAUCUUGAUCUGGUUUGGUAAUGCUGAAUUAGGAAGAAAUGUUGCGUUUUUGACAGCUUCUGGAGUUUUUUGGUCAGGUUUUCUUAAAGACUUUUUAUGUCUUCCUAGACCACUUUCACCACCUGUGCAUAGAUUAACAAUGUCUCCUUCCGUUGCUCUUGAAUAUGGAUUUCCGUCAACUCAUUCUACAAAUUCAAUCUCAGUUGCCUUAUUUCUUAUUUCCAUAGCAUGCGAAAAAUUUGCCCCUGAAUCACCUGCAAGAAUUGUGUCAAUUAUUGCUUGUAUUUUCUAUGCUGUAAGUGUUGUUUUUGGUAGAAUCUAUUGUGGAAUGCAUUCAGUAACAGAUUGUAUUGGUGGAGCAAUAUUGGCUUAUGUAGUUUAUUGGUUUCAAUGGACAUUCAAAGAUCAAAUUAAUGAAUUAUUUUUAAGUCAAUCUUAUUGGAUCUUUUUAGGUAUACCUCUCUGUCUUAUGCUUGUAUCAAUUCAUCCUGAUCCAAUGGAGAGAUGUCCUUGUUUUGAAGAUAGUGUCUGUUUUACGGGAGUGAUUAUUGGUUUAUUGCCUGGCACUUGGCUAUGUAAUCGAAAUGAAUAUUGUUUACGAACUUCUGAAUUUCAUCUUUAUGGCCCUCAAGUCAGUCUCUUAGAUAUUUUAUUUUCGCUUAUUAAGUUAAUUAUAGGAGUCGCUUGUUUAUUUAUUUGGCGUAUUGCUUGUAAAAAAAUGUGCUAUUCUAUUUUACCUCCUAUUUAUCGUGUAUUUAAUCUUCCUCAUCGUAAAUUUGAAAUUGGUGCUAGAACGUACAAGAGUUUACGUAAAGAAAGUAUUCAUCCUGUUCCUUCCGUGUUAGAUUUUCAUUCAAUGUCAGGAAAGAUAGAAGAUAAUGAACAUGUAGGUAUUCAAUCUGCUAUUGAUUUGAAUGAAGCUCAAGAUCAAAGGAGACAAUUAUGUCAUCGUGGUGGUAUGCGAGAAGAUGGCACGACACUAAAUGGAAAUGGAAAGAAAGAGGAUGUCUUUGAUCCAACAUCACUCUUAGUCAUAGAAGAUGCACCACUAAGAUAUGAUGUAGAUAUUGUUACAAAAUUAAUUGUAUAUGCAGGUAAAAAAAAUAUAUAGAAUAUAAUUCUCUGCAAAUCUAUAUAACAUCUUUUAUAGGAAUUGGUUUCAUUGCCAUAUAUCUUGUCCCCAUCUUGUUUGAAUAUAUGUCAAAAAUUAUCAUGUAAUCUUUAAUAAUUUAUAUAUACAUAUAUAUAUGUAUAUA